CAGCCCGCAUCUGCCGCCGCAGUCUCGCCGGAUCUGUGCGUUCGUCGCCCCGCGGUGAGACACCCCCUCCCCUAGGCUGCAGCCGAGAGCCGGGAGGGGCCGCGAGGCCGAGUCCGCAGCUCGGGCGACCGUCUCGGCACAAAGGCGGCGACCCCCCGCCCGGGACGAGCCGCGCGGCGCGCCCUAUGCCCCGCGCCCCCGCCGCGGCAGCCCGAGCGCGCCGAGCCAGAGCGCCAGCGCGGGGCCUGGGUGCAGCCGGCGCCCCUCGCCCCCGGCGCACAGCCCCCGGUGAGCGGUGAGCGGCGAGCGGGACGGCGGCGAGGCGCUCGCGGGCCCCCUCCUGCUGCCCGGGCCCGGCCCGCUCAUGGCGGCCAUCCGCAAGAAGCUGGUGGUGGUGGGCGACGGCGCGUGCGGCAAGACGUGCCUGCUGAUCGUCUUCAGUAAGGACGAGUUCCCCGAGGUGUACGUGCCCACCGUCUUCGAGAACUAUGUGGCCGACAUCGAGGUGGACGGCAAGCAGGUGGAGCUGGCGCUCUGGGACACGGCGGGCCAGGAGGACUACGACCGCCUCCGGCCGCUCUCCUACCCGGACACCGACGUGAUCCUCAUGUGCUUCUCGGUGGACAGCCCGGACUCGCUGGAGAACAUCCCCGAGAAGUGGGUGCCCGAGGUCAAGCACUUCUGCCCCAACGUGCCCAUCAUCCUGGUGGCCAACAAGAAGGACCUGCGCAGCGACGAGCACGUCCGCACGGAGCUGGCCCGCAUGAAACAGGAGCCGGUGCGCACGGAUGACGGCCGCGCCAUGGCCGUGCGCAUCCAAGCCUACGACUACCUCGAGUGCUCGGCCAAGACCAAGGAGGGGGUGCGCGAGGUGUUCGAGACGGCCACGCGCGCCGCGCUGCAGAAGCGCUACGGCUCCCAGAACGGCUGCAUCAACUGCUGCAAGGUGCUAUGAGGGCCGCGCCCGGCCCGCGCCUCCCCUGCUGGCGCCGCUCCCCCUCCCGGCCCGUCCCUCACGAGCCUGGAGAAGGGGAGACCCGCGCCCCCGAACGGCCCCACCGCACCUCCGGGCGGGAGCUGGCGGCUCCGGCUUCUCCCGUCGGCCAUCGGCAUGGGAGGGCCCGGGAGCCCCGCGGUGUGCCAAGGGCCCCUGCGCCUCCUCUGCUGAAGAGCUGGGCCCCCGAGUGUGUGGCUGCGUGUGUGUCUGACUCCCCCCCCCCCCGCCCAGUAUUCACCCCCUCCACCCCCGCCUCUGGUCCCCGGAGCGUUGCUCGGCGCUGUCGCGUGGCCGCGCCCUGGCAGAUGUUCGCCCCUCACCGGCGGGCGCCUGCCGUCCCUUGUAUGUAACAUAGACCCCGGAACUGUGGGAGGGGAGGGUUGGGGAGGAUGGGGGGGAGGGACGUUGUAUAAAUAUAGAUAAAUAAUUUUAUUUUCGGGAGGUAGGAUGUUAUUUAACGGCGGUGGCAGGUGGAGUGACAGGGCGCGGGAACAGGCGCCCAUCCAAGCGUGGACUGGACUUGGUCAUCUUGGCGACCCUUGGGGAAGACAUUUGGAAGUGACUUGGGGCCGAGAUGACACAGCCUCCAGACGCAGCGGAUCCUGCGGGCCAGCCUCCCGAGAAGCCCUCCCCAGCCGCUGGGGCUGGAGGGAGGCUGUGCUGCGGGGUUGUUUUUGCCAUAAGCGAACUUUGUGCCUGUCCAACAAGUGAGAAUUGUUUAGUCCAAGAAACUGAUGUUAUUUGAUUUAUUUAAAGGCUAAAACUUGUUUUGUUUUUUUCCCCCCCAAAAAUUCUUUGCACAAUUGUUUCAUUGUUUGACACUUAAUGCGCUUGUCAUUUGCCUAAGACAGUAGCAGUCUGAUCACACUUGUAUGCUGUAACCUCAUCUACUUCUGAUGUUUUAUGUAAAAUGAGGAUUUUUUAAAACAAGGAGAGGAGAAAAAAAACCCCACUAAAUUUUGUUUUAUUGAAAAAAGUGGAAACACUGUUUUGCUAUUUUACUUGUGCAGAUUAUAUGCAUCCUUUUGAUAAAGGGCAGUAACAUACAUUGGGGCCUGUUUGGACAUUUAGUUGUGGUUUUUUUUUUUUUUUUACAAGGCAGCCUCUCAAGCUAUGUGAAAUAUUCUCUGUAUCUCUGUACAGAGAACAAACCUGCCCCAAUUUUCUCCUUUCUUCCCUCCCCUUGUGGUACUUCUACUAAAUUGUCUUUUUUUUUUUUUAAUUUUUAAAAUAAACUGAUAAAUGACAAAGUGGUGAGCUUAUGAUGUUUACAUAAAAGUUCUAUAAGCUGUGUAUACAGUUUUUUAUGUAAAAUAUUAAAAGACUAUGAUGAUGACAUUCAUAAAA